CGAGAGAGAGAGAGAUAGAGAGAGAGAGUGGUAGAGUACACCUCGCUAUUUCAUAUGAGUCUAUGCCAAGGAACAGCGGUAGCCGAUGGUUCGUCUUUUAUACUGGGAUUAACGCAAAACCGAGGAUUUAACCGUCUCUGUUUACGCGGUAUGAAACAUGAGUCAAAGUCGCGGUCAUUAGGAAUGAUCUCCACUGCAACUCGCACCACGGCGACGGUCAGCCCUCUUACCCCGCUAGCCAACGGGAGUGUGGCUGCUCACUCCGGAUUCGCUGCCGCUCUCCGUCAACUGGCCAAACAGGCUGAAGACCCAAGAGGUUCUUCUCCCAAUAGUGAGUCUCCAGUCUCCUCUCCAGCCACCAGUCUCAGUUCUCCAGUCAACACUCCUAAGAGGGGGUUGUCAGGACCACUCCAGACCCCAAUUCGGGGACACGGCCUUCCCUCCACCCCUUCUGUAGUCACUAUCGCCCCCACUCCCACCAAGAGCGGCAGCAUUCUCUGGAGAGGAGAAGGGCGCCAGGCUGAGCUGGGUGUUCUGGGGGUGAGUAGGGAGCCUGUGGGUUCUGAGCCCAGCCUUCCCCAGGAGAAAGGGGCUCAUCCUGUCCUCUCUCCUCACAUCCUGGCUCACCCAUCCUACCCCUUCACCCUCACCCCCAGCUCUGUCAUGCAGGACCGGCGACUACAGGGCCUCAGUCUACCUGGUCUGGUACAACCUGCAGUUCACUCAGGGGCGGUCCAAGAGGAGUACCUAAGAGGACUACGCCCCUUCGCCACCUCAGAUGACCUCCGCCUGCGCUCGCUGCCCCUGGGGCUCGACCCCACCACUGCUGCCCACGUUACUGCUGCUGCUGCCUACUACCACCCUGCCUACCUCCACCACCUACACAGGAUGGAGGAGUCUUUGUGUCUUUCUGCACUACGGUCUCAGUUCUACUCUGUACCAGCAGGGGGGGCCUUCCCUCACCUCCACCCCUCUGCCCUCCACAUGCAACUGCCUGGGGCACGCUACCCUGGGGAGUUCAGCCAAACACACAGUGCACUGGCUGAGAGAAUACAGAUGGAGGAAGAGCUUCGCCAACGAGAGAGGGAGCGAGAGCAUGAACGAGAGAAACAGAGGGAGUGUGAGCUUGAACGGGAGAGAGAGAGGGAGCGGGAGAGAGAGAGGGAGACAGAGAUGGAAAGACAGAAGGAUAGGCAGAGGGAGAGAGAGAGGGAGAGACAGAUGGUGAGAGCGGUGAAGAGCCAGUACCUUGCUGGGCUGAAGGCUCUCACGGCUCUGCCGGAGGACAGGGUCAGACCUGGGGAGAGGCUGACACCUAACAGACUGGAUAAGCCCACCCUCCCUGCCCUCCCAGUACCUAAACCUCUACAGCCAGGCCUCCAGACAGCCCCUCACCUCAUGCCCAGCCUGGUGCCCUCUCAGAUGGGGAACAGACACACUGCCUCAGCCUCUUCCGGGGGGCUCCAUGGAACACUGCUCUCUGCCAUGAUGCUCCAUCAGGCCAAUGGGGAGGAGCGCAGGUUGGCACGUCAACGCAGGCAGGGGCAGGAGAGGGAGGUGUGGCCACCUGGGGAAGGGGUGGAGCCUAGGAGAGACAGCUACAGAUCCAACGCCAGCCAACGUGACACAGGCAACAGAGAAUCUCAACCUCACCUAGGAGCCCCACCUCCACUCAUCUCACCCAAACCUCACCUCCUCCCCCACCCCCCUGCCCCUUCCACCACCCUCUGGAACCCUGCCUCCCUCACUGAGACCCCCCCAGACCCUCGUUUCAGGUUCGACUCCCCUGUUCCUCCAUCUCGCUCCCCUCCUAAUCUGACCAGAAACGAGCGGUCCCCCAGCUGGGAGAGGGGGGAGGAUGGGUGCAGGAAGAGGGGGAAGGACCCAGAGAGGCUCUCGUCUGUCAGGGGACCCAUUCUGCAGGAGCCUGGCCUCUGGGACUGGGCUGAGCUUGAAAGAUCCACUCACAGUCUCCACCACCAUAACCACCUCCACCAGAGUGGUUCGCUGUCCGUCUCCUCCCCCAGCCCCAGCUCCAACCUAGGGGUCCAGCACCACGCCAGCUCCCCAUCUCCCUCCAUGGACCUCCAGAGGUCUGAACGGCCAGGCCAGGAGCCUCAGAACCCAGUGGUGUACGAUGAGAUCCUCCAGCAGCACCGCAGGCUGGUCAGCAAGCUGGACCUGGAGGAGAGCAGGAGGAGAGAGGCCAGGGAAGGAGGGUAUGACUAUGAUCUAGAUGAGUGGUAUGAUGACAGUGAUGAGGAGGAAGUGAGGGCCCACCUCAGAAGGGUAGCAGAGCAGCCCCCGUUAAAACUGGACACAUCCUCAGAGAAGGUGUGUUUCCUGCGUGUCUGUGGCCUGACCACGCUGGCCCAUCGUGACCAGCUGCUUCAUCAGAAGAGGAGGAAGAGGAGGAGGAUGUUGAGAGAGCGCAGCAUCUCCCCUACAGCAGUACGAGGCAAGAGGAAGACCUCUCCGCCUCCUGUGGCACCCGCUCCCACCCUCUGCACCACUCUCACCCCAGAGGAGAUGAAUUGCUCCCCUCAGCUGGAGGACAAGAAACACUUCCUCAACAUGUUCAGCCUGUCCCAUGUGACCAACCAGCAGAGGAGAGAUAAGGAGAAGAUGGAGGGGUUGUUGAAGGCUAUAAAGCUGAAGAGUGUGACGUUGGACACCAUCAGAUACAACCCAUUACCCCUCUGUAGAAGCCCCCCUGUUUCCCCAACUGGCGAAUCAAACGGACUCCACUACCAAGACUCCCCAAGCCCCUCGCCCUCCUACCCCCACCACCCCAACAACCUCCAUACAGACCCACUAAAACCAUCCACCUAUCCACCCAGCCAACCGCCUCCCCUGGCCCCCGACCCCAACAGGAAAGGACUGGGUGGAGGUCACCCAGCUAAGAGGCUCCAGUGCCUCCAGAAUGGAGGAGGCCACCCUGGCCAUCAUCCUCAACAGAAGGUGCCCCUGGCUGUGCAGAACGGGCAGAACAUAACCUGGGAAAGAUUCAUCCCGAAGGACUUCCACCAGUCUGUGUUGCAGUCUACCCACAAGACACUGAGUGGCUCCACCUGCGUUCCAGAGUCCAGUAUAAAGUCUGAGCCCUCAGUGCCCUACAACAUCCCCCCACUGAAGAGACCAGCCCUCCUCAACACAUCCCUACACCCCACCAACGGGCAUCACCCUUACCCCUCUCCAGCCCACCAUGUACCCCUUGGCGUACGUGAUGAGCUGUCAGAGGAAGAGGAUGAGGAGGAGGAGGAAGAGGAGGGAGAAGCCCCUAGGAAGUGGAGGGGCAUAGAGUCAGUCUUUGAGGCGUAUCAGGAGUAUGUGGAUGAGCGGUGUAUGGAGAGACAGGUUCUUCACAGUCAGUGCCGGAGGCUGGAGACUCAGAACUACACUCUCAGUCUGACAGCUGAACAACUCUCACACAGCAUGGCGGAGCUGGUGAGUCAGAGACAGAGGGUGAGAGAUGAGAGAGAGAGGCUGCAGGCUCAGCUGGAGCACUUCAGGAAGUGUCUGACCAUUCCCAACGUGCACUGGGGCAAGGGGCAGGCCAAAGGUCGCCCCUCCCCGGUGACCCCCUGCCCCGCUGCAGACCGACAGACAGACCGACGACCGAUGACUGAUGGAGUGAGAGAGGACACUGAAUUGGUUCCCAGUCAGAGGGGGCAGAGGGGGAAGAGAGCUCUGGACUGGGAAGGAAGACAGGAUGAUAGAAAGGGAGGAGGGAGAAAAGGAGGACAGGCCCUGUAACCUCACAUGCCACUCUCCUAGACUUUGUCGUGUGGUCAGACUCACAGACUCACAAGACUGGUAGUCUAAAAGCUAGGGGACAUAGCUACAUAAGGGUAUGGCAUAAUAUUGGGACACACUUUAACCAAUCGUAGACUUUGGGAUGAAUACAAUGAGCAGUCACAUGUCCUCCCUUUCUCCCUCUAUGGUCUGGAAGGGUUUGGAAGCAACCAAUAGCCAGCCAACCAACCACUGAACUGAAAGGACUUGAAUCAGCCAAGAUGCACUUAUAGACCUAGAAGAGCUACUAGUGAUCCUACUAGUGACAGUACUGUUGAAACUACCUAGAACUAAACACUGUGUUGUAGAGCUUUUACUAUUCUGGAGCUUUUUUCACUUGGGUUCAUGGAAGAGCAAAAACACAGGUGCAGAAUAUUUAAGACAGUGUUUCUAUAAGGAAAUAACUGGAGGUUUUGAAAAAUAUAUUUUUAAAUCAGGUUAAAUACAUUUUUAAAGGAUUUAGAAGUCUCUGUUAUGUUUUUAAUAAUUAUACCAUUGAUAAUGUAAAUUGCCUACCUAUUAAGCCAGAAUGUUGUAUGUUUUAUUAUUUUAAUUAUUGCUAUUUAAAAGCCUUCUUUAGAAUAAACAUUUGGGGUAAAAACAAGAUGCUUGGGAUAAUUUUGUGCUGUUGCUGGCCAGUAUGAAAUAUUUAAAGAGAAGUAAACAUUUUAGAAGCGCUGUAUGUUAAAGGCGCUCCAUAAAAGUUGUGUACUAUGUCAUCGCGUAAUUGCUCUCGAGCCCCUGCAGCUGUGCACAAAGACAUGCGCGUGCUUGGGCUUACUCUACAACCUCAUUGGACAAUGCCAUGUCGAUCUGAUCCCACUUUAAGCAGUUUGGGGAGGUGAGAAAAAAGUACCCUGGAGCUGGUCCUUUCGGUUCUGCCGCCCUAGGUGAAACCAAAAAAUGCUGCCCCCUGCAAAACUAGAAUAAUCCCCGUAAGCAAAAUGACAUUGAACAUAGGUAUUUUCUAGACGUUGAAGUUAGGGUAAAUGUAGGUUAUUAAAGUUGAAAAGAGGUCAUUUAUAGACGUCUAUGUUUGGCUCAAAUCAAGGCUGGUCCAUAAAUGUAUGUCUGUGGACGUUGAAAUCAAAUCUGAACCAAACAUAGAUGUCUAUGAUUAGUUCAGAUUUGGUCUGGACCGGACCAAAAACCAAUGUCUGUGGCAUUCAAGGCUGGUCCAGACUGCACCAAAAAAAUAUGUCCAAAAGGCGUCGCCGUCGGUCAUUGCUUACUGAGGUAAUAUGAGGAGGAAAUAUAAUUUUAUGAAUGUCCAUCUAUGUGGUAAACCUACCCUUUAAAAUUAAAAAAAGACAUCCAAAAGACGUUGGCUCGUGCUUACUGGGGUGUAGCCUACCAUGUCAGCCACAAUGGAAUUUUAUAAAUGCCCAUUCAUGUGGUAGGACCACCGUUUGUAAAACAAGCCGAUGCAUUGGUUUAAUUAGUUAUGAUACCUGUGACUAAUCAAUUUGGCUAUUUAAGCUCUGUAUAUCAGCUACUCAACUUUAUCAGGAGUUAUCGUGAGCCUGUUUGCAAUGUGUUUACACGGCGGGGAAAGCAGAAGUAUUUUAUUUUUCACUGUGAUCAGCUUGUACAGAUACAAACUUUAAACCAUUGAUCAUGACAAAGAGGUGAAACUCCUGGACAACAGCUGUGAUUGUCCAUUCCAUUUUGUCCAUUUUACUUUGUUUGACCUGUCCUGUUUUUAGGAUAUGUUGUUUGUUAAAAUUACAGCACAUAUUUUAUUUGAUUUAGCACCAUUUAGGUUAGUUAGGCUAUUUGAUCGGAGAAACCUGCAUGAUGUAAAAAAGUGCCCUUCUCAUUACAUUGUCUUACAUUUUAUCUCCAUUCUUUGGCCUACAUAAAUGGCUACAUACCCUAUCUACCAUGUCCUAUAUCUGCUACAUGAUUUAUGUUAGAUUAUUUUUUUGACGGAACGUUGGUGGAGUGCCGCAGCGAUGAGUCUCUCCAACAGCACCCUGGAGAGGCACGCUGGGAAUGAGGAAGCAACAUAUUGUUCGCCCCUACCUUUGACAAAGUGGGCACUGCUUAUCACAGGGCGGAAUCAGCGAUCACCUAAAUAUCCCAUAUGCCACUGGUUGAGAGAAAUUGUCAUUGUUUUGGGGCAGAAUUAUGUGAGGUUUUAUGUAUUGUUGCCGCCCUCGUCAAUCUAGCCUAAUCCCGCCUAAUGAGCGGGCAGAUGGCUGUGCGCUGGAGGCGGGGGGACACGAAGGGUAAUAUUUCGAUAAUGAUAGCUAUUUUAUCUUCUUUUAAGCUGAGUCCCAGCCACAAUCACCUUAUAACCUGUCUGUCAUUGAGCCAUCUUCUGCCACAGGACAGAAAUGACAAAUAAAAGUCACCCAGCUAAUUGUAAACAGAUGGUCCCCAUGCUGACACAGGUUUACCACAGAGACCUACUGCACAUUUUAGUAAUGACGGGUCAUCUCUCUACAUCCUUUUGACUUUAGAGGAACUCAGCCCUUUCCAUUGCAGAUACCCAGUCUAACCCCAAAGUCUGCCCGCUCUACCUCACGCCUAACCUAGCCUACCUACAGUACAUAACCACUACCCCCCCCCCCCCCCCCCCCCCCCC